AUGACCGAGACAGAGAUGAAGGUCGAUGCCGUCAGAGCCAAGGCUCUCGUCUCACAGCUGCAAGAAGUGCGGCUCAGGAUUGCGAACGUGGCCAAGGGCCGGAAUGUCAGGCUGGUGGCGGUGUCGAAGCUGAAGCCGGCCAACGACAUCCUCGCCCUCCACCGGGAGCCCACGAGCCAGCUGCACUUCGGCGAGAACUACGCCCAGGAGCUGGGCCAGAAGGCGGAGCUGCUGCCGCGGUCCAUCCGGUGGCACUUCAUCGGGGGCCUGCAGUCGACGCACUGCAAGACCCUGGCCAAGAUCCCCAACCUGUUUGCCGUGUCGAGCGUCGACGGCGCAAAGAAGGCCCAGCUGCUCAACAAGGCCCGCGGGGAGCUCAUCGCCUCCUCCUCCUCCGCCGAGGGGGACGCCGCCCCGGUCUCCAGGCUCAACGUCCACGUGCAGGUGAACACUUCAGGCGAGGAGAGCAAGUCGGGCGUCGCCCCGGGCGCCGACGUCGUGGCCCUGUCCAGGCUCGUCCUGGCCGAGUGCCCGCACCUGAACCUGCUGGGCUUCAUGACCAUCGGCGCCAUCGCCCGCAGCGUCGCCACCACGCCCGAGAACGAGAACGAGGACUUCGUGCGCCUGAGGGAGCAGCGCGACCUCGUCGCUGCCGAGCUCGCGGACCUGCUGGCCGCCAGGGGGGACGGCGGCGAGGCCCAGCCGCUGGAGCUGAGCAUGGGCAUGAGCGAGGACUUCGAGGGCGCCAUCGCCCUGGGCAGCGGCGAGGUCAGGGUCGGCAGCACCAUCUUCGGGACGAGGGGCCCCAAGUCGGAGGCCAAGAUCCUGGUGUGA